ACACCAGGACCACAGAGACCAGGACCAGCAGGACCAGGACCACAGAGACCAGGACCACAGAGACCAGGACCAGCAGGACCAGGACCACAGAGACCAGGACCACAGAGACCAGGACCAGCAGGACCAGGACCAGCAGGACCAGGACCACAGAGACCAGGACCAGCAGGACCAGUACCAGCAGGACCAGGACCACAGAGACCAGGACCAGCAGGACCAGGACCACAGAGACCAGGACCACAGAGACCAGGACCACAGAGACCAGGACCAGCAGGACCAGGACCACAGAGACCAGGACCACAGAGACCAGGACCAGCUUGACCACAAAAGCAAAAACAAACAAUGAAACAAACCCAGACUCUCAGGGACCAGGUUCAGGUGACUUCCCUCGGUGUUGCCGGUCUGUG